GCUUUAGGCCCGUGUUUGAGUAAAUCAUGGAUGUUGAGGCUUUUUUUCCAAAGGGUUUCGAAAGGGCGCUUUUUGCACUUGAUUGGGACUUGUGUUUUUUUCACUUGUUUAUCUCUGAGGUGUCUCGCUAGAAUGAAGUUUUUUGAGGAAUUUGAGGGACACAAAGGGCACUGAACCGCAUUGUUGCUUUCAUUUGUUUGAAACAGUAAGAAGCCAACUGUGCGUUGUGGAGUUUUUGUCAAAAUUCCGUGUGUUUCGGCCUUGUAUCGUUUGAGGUUGUCGGCCCUUUUGGUCUUGAGACCGCAAAUCUCGCAUUUGUGCCAUCUGUUUGACGUAGACGUGUCUUUUGAGGGAAUCACACACACGGAGUGUCUCGAAGUCGCAUUUCUCGCACUUGUGUUUGGGGCGCGUCGUCAAGUGUGUGUGUUGACCAAAUUGUGUCUUCGCAGCGACAGUUCCCAAGUCGUGGUGAAGGGACAUUGGGGGCAUUUGAUCGUUUCGCGUGGGGCCACAGGGGGCUGGUGUAUAGCGGCGAUGUGGCUCUUCAAGUUGCCGUUCCAUUUCGAACGAAAGGAGCACAGCGCGCAGGAGAACCAACGGAUGUGGGGGGCAGGAGUAUGGUUCGUGAGGCAUGAGUUAGACACGUGUUUGAGGAAAAUUAACAGGGAAAAUGAGGAAAAAUCACAAUGGUCACAUUUGUGGGGUACUACGUUAUUUUCACACUUAUGGAUUUUCAACUGGGGUAAAAAAUUAGUUUUGAAACUGCAGUGGGGGCAACUGUAGGAUUCCAAAUCAUCAAAACAGUGGAAAUUCGAUUCGAGUUUGACGCAUUUUAGAAAACUUUUUUGCAUUUCGCCGAUCAAAUUUAACCUCAAAUUUGUUUGACAUAAGAGAGUACGUUCCGAGAAUCGUUACUGUAUACCAGACUAGUUGCUCAUAAUCUAAAAAUUUAAAUAAAAAAAAGUUACGACAAUUCAAAAUUAUAAUUUUCCUAGUUUUUCGCUUUAUGAAACAAGGAGUUCCUACUGGAUUAACAAUUUAAGUUAUAAAUAUUUUUUGACUGUUUAAGAAAUCACAAAAAAGACGUUAGGUCCAAUAUUUGGAAAUUUUCAUUAAACGUCAAUGUCAUUGUCAAACACUUAACCUAAAAUUAUUUUUGAAAAUAAAGGCAAUUUUAGUUCAAAUGAGACGAAAAAACGAGUUUAUGUGAAGCAUUUUAUGUCUAAUUCAUGUAUCCAAGACUGUUCCAACAAAAAAAUGAACGUAUCAUGCAAAAGUGAAAUAAUUGACCAAAAACUAAAUCAUUUCUCUUGCGUAAAAAAUCUCGAAGGAUACAUUUGUAAAAUGUGCGGUCUUGAGAAUCAAUUAUUCGUCGAGUUGCACCACCAUAUCCAAAACACCCACAAAACGCCUUCAAACGUAUAUUACAAAUGUUACAAGUGCAAAAACUGCGAUUUCAUAACCCACUCCUUGUUGUUAUCCCUCCGCCACUAUUUCACCACCACUCACGCCCCCCCGAGACUCCACUUAUGCCCCCAAUGCCCGUACAAAACCUCCAGUUUCCAAGUCCUGGAGACGCACAUUUUGCGCCAACACCCCGACCACAUCCAGUGGUUCGCGUGCGAGUUGUGCCCCUACAAGGGCAAACUCAAGGGCUAUCUCCUCCGCCACGUGCGAGACAUGCACCAAGAGGCCAAAUUCGAGUGCGCACAGUGCCCUUACAAAGCCGCCUCCAAGUACUCCCUGCGCUUGCACAAAAAAGACAAGCACUCGACAAGGGGGCGCUACAAGUGCGCAUCUUGCCCGUUUUCGGCCAAGUGGGGCAUCCACCUGCGGCGACAUCUGGCCGAGAAGCACGCAGACCCCGAGGAGAUCCACUGGUUCGAGUGCGAACACUGCGAAUUCAGAGCGAAGCGAAAAGACAAUCUCAAACAACACGUCCAAGCCAGGCAUUCGGUCAUUCACAACUGGUUCGAGUGCGGAAAAUGCCCAUUUAGGUCCAAGUGGAAGAAAAACCUCAAAUUGCACCUAACCAAACACGGGGAAUAACUCAUGUUUCACAUGUAUUUAUUUAUAAUAAAUUCUGAUAAAGUACAAAAAUUUACUAUCACACAAGAAUCUUAAACACUAAAUUAUUCUUUCAACACGGUUUGCAUCCCUAAUACUUGAAUAAUAUCGAAAAACAAUACUGUGUGAUUUCUAUCACAAAAACAAACGAAAAUACAUUCUGGACAGUCACGCCGCCUCAACUUUAUAAAAAUCUAACAAAAAUUGGACGUGGGUCCGAGCUGCCGCGACUGGAAUCGUCACCUAGGCAACAAACGUUAGUUACUAAGCAACGGGUUUGUUGCCUAGGUAAUGUACAUUUGUUGCCUAGACAACUGGUUGUUUACGGUCGCGGCAACUCGGAACAGAUUUUGCAGGUACUUUUCGAAAUAAAUCACUCUUUGUUAUCACUGAUCGUGCAGUCUCUUAAAGAAAGGCUCAUUCCUUGUACAUUUAGUACAAAAAUCAGUCACUGGUUCAGUCUUGAUUUAUUCUAAUAUCGAACGGUAUAAUUUUUUCUUGGUCAGUACGUACGCCGGACUCACUACGAUGGUGCCCCCCGUGGCUAGAUUCCUGUCAAAAAAGGGUUUGUUUAAUUUCGGUUUUGGGGAUGUGUUAAAUACUGACUUGAUGAAUUGUGGUAUGAAAUUCCAGCCGGUUGGGUUUUGUUUGAAGGUCAGUUUGAGUUCAAAAGUGGUGGCUGUUUCGGGGUCACACUUGAAGCUCGCCAGUUUCCUGCACUGUUCCAGCCCCUCGAAAUUGACACAAAUGAGACAGCCCCGAAUUCCGCAGAGUUCCGACUCGGCCAUCGCUAAGAUGUCCCGCGAAAUCCUGUGGAGGAGUCCACUGGGGAGCAGGACUUCCCCGCAGGCGAGAUGUGUCCUUUUGGCCGCUCGCAGCUCCCUCUCUAAUCGAUACGUCAAGGAUGCGGUGGUCACGCAGAGUCCUCUAUUGCGGGGCGAGCCUAAAACGGGACUGUCUUAAGGCCCCCUUAAUUUAGCACUAUGGGUACUUACACGAGGGGGCUGGAGUGUCCACCAGCACCGACUCGAUGAUGUCCGAAGACAUGCUCUUCGAGGCCAAAUCCGGCGACUUGACCAGGAGGCUGCUGAAGACGCUUUUGGAGGGCGGCUUCUCCUCCUCGAGACGCUUUCGGAGCAUUUUCGUGCUGGUUUCAGUCCAUCAUGGGGGAGACUUGGGCCGCUUCUGCCGGCUGUAACAAAGAGUCAGCUGAUCGGGUGGUGGGGCUGCAUUCGACCAAUCAGGAACUCUUGCACUGCCUGGUAACAGCCGUCAAAAUCAGCUGUAACGAUCGAUGAGGGACAAGCUACGACAUACGCACACACAAACCGGUCAAAAUCCCUAACAAAAAACACAAUUUCGACGAUAAAACACACCAAACAUCACACACUAACACGUUUUUUGACACUUUUUUCGGGAUUUUAAAACGGGAAAAACACCACAGGAGGGAAUGUGGGAGAGAGAUGGAAAAACAACGUGAAUCUUUGAUUGGUCCGCCCUGGUCCGGUUUCCUGUUGAUGUUGAGGCUAUCUCUCUUUUUCGGCAUCUUUGAUCCUUUACUCCGGCACGUAUUCCAGGCUUGUUGUCAAGGAAUCGAAACAAAUGAUGGGCGUUUUAAAAUAAACAUCUGGGUGGAUUAAUGGGUCGGAAACUUUUAAUGGUCCAAUAAAAUUAUUUUUACUUUUCGCAACUUUUUAUGUUGACAACACUGAAUUUUAUUUAUUGUUGUCAUGGAAAUGCAUUGUAACUAUGGUAAUAGAAACUUCAAAAAAAAAAAAAAAAACAGUUGUCAUAGUAACGCUUAAAAAUGAGCCCAGUGGCGGCGGGUAAUCCCAAUAAAUCAAAAAAAGGGGGCUAUUUUUUAUAUUUUUCAAACACUCUGUAUAUGUAAUUUUUAAAAUGCCAGUUAAAGGAUAAACUGUUUUGUUUUUAAUAAAUCUGUGAUUUAAUAAGAUUUUGUCAGAUUGACAGUGAGACUUGUCAAGAGCUGUCAAUCGUCGCAAACCGUAUGUUUUUUCGUAGCGAAAACCAGGAACCCGGUGAAGAAAACUUUGAGCAAACGACCGCCGGGGCCCCCAAUUCGGAAUCGGUGUCACAACAGGGUAGGAAUGGGGACAACUUGCUGGCCAACUGCCCCGUGUGUCGUGUCGGCGUCUUGAAGAGGAAAUUCACGAAAUGUGGUAUAUUUUUGGGUGUUGUGUUGUUUCCCCUCGGUUUGGUUUGUUGUUUUCUUUCGUCGGUAAAGAAGUGCAAUAACUGUGGUUACCACGAAGGCAUUUAGUGUAGAUUUUGCAAAAAAAGUUGUAAAUACAUAAUGUGAGUCGU